AAUUCCAUAGAACUGUCUCCACGAGAGAAAAUCUAACUGGGUAUUCUAAUUGAAUUAAUAACCCGUUUUCGGGGUUGCAGUAAAAACGUGUGAGAGCCAGGGAAGUACCGCACCACAACGAAUCGACGUGUGACGAAGGGUAACGUCAUUCGUUUCAGCACAUCAACUAAAUGACGGCGACAACGUGUUGUUUUUCUUUGUAACACAUAAUUAUUUAAAAACGGUACCGUCAUGAACAAAAAGAAGCACAACGGCGAUUCGAACGGAGACGAGUCGACGGAAUCGUGCGACGAGAACCAGAACACCGUCGAGUGCACCCACAUUAAACGAUCCGUUGAUCUGCCCAACAUUAAAAGAAACAUCAGCAAAAACGGCUUCCUAAAGGACUGCGCCGAUUGCCAAUCGCAACCCUUUGAUACGGACGCAGAUGGUGACAUUGAAUACGACCAAGCGCUAUGGCUGUGUCUGAAAUGCGGCCACCAGGCCUGUGGACGGGGCAAAAACAAGCAUGCCCUCAAACACUACAACACUCCUCGUUCGGAUUCUCACGUCAUGUGCGUUAACACUACUAUAUGGACUGUGUGGUGUUACGAGUGUGAUGAAGAGGUCAAAGUAACAUGCAAAAAGAGACUGCUCGAGACAGUGGAAUACUUGAAGAAAGAGGCGGAAGCCGAAAAACGCGACGACCCGCCCUCCGUUCACGAUUAUGGGGGUUACAAUGUGAGCGCGGUGCCAGGCGAUCAGCGUAAGGGUAGCACUUUCCCGCGUGCCCGUGGCAUGACCAACCUGGGCAACACAUGCUUCUUCAACUCGGUGAUGCAAUGCCUCGGCCAGACGCCGUACCUACUGUCGCUACUUAUGGAGACAGAGGAGGCAGGCCAGUACUUCCGAUUACCCGGCGGCACUUGUCCGCUGGACGGCAAAGAGACAAUCGAACUAGAACCUUUGGAUGGCAUGUUGUCGAAAUGGAAACCUCUCUGCAAGGCGCUGGCUGAGGCACUCGAGGCCUUAAGCAACGGCAGGAGCGAGGUUUACCAUCCGAACAACAUACAUUCGAGGGUAACGAUGCGUCUGCCUCAGUUCGGCGGUGGCGACCAGCACGAUUCUCACGAGUUGCUCAGGCAUUUAUUGGAGGCGGUCCGCGAGGAAGAUCUGAAGAGGUAUAAGUGCGUUAUUCUAUCAAAACUCGGUUUGGAUAGCAAAACGACGGAUCCGUCCACAGUGGAAGGGGACAAGAAGAAAAUCAUCAAGUUCUAUGGUCAACAGGCGUCCGAAAUGUUACUGCCAACUGAGCAGGUCUUUAGAGGGGUUUUGGUGAGCACGUUGCAAUGUCAGACUUGCGGACAUACCUCCCACCGCGACGAGUUCUUUUUGGAUUUGAGCCUGCCAAUUUCCGAGAGUCAGGUGCCACCGGUACUGCGUCGAAAAGCCGACGAUUCGGACGACAUUAAACCAUCCAAACAUCAGAUUAAAAAGGAGAAACGCGCCGAGCGAAAAAAGAACAAGAAACAAAAGGGUGCCAGGACAAAGGGCUUCGGUCAACCGAUGAGCAUCGACGACGAAUCCCGUAUGGACAAUAAAUCCGAUAGCGAAUCGGACGCCGACGUCGAAGAUAACACUGAGGAGAACUCCAAUACGAAUAUUCAGGGGGAAGACAACCCGAAAGGCACCGAAUCAGGUUACAACUCUGACAAAGCGGACAAAAGCAGUCCGGAUUCGAAUAACGCGUGUCGCGGGACUUCACCCGAAAUGCGAGUAGACGAUAGCGGCGUUCCUAGCCCCGUGGUGGGCAGCACGGCGCUCAGUGUUUCACCUAUUAGUCCUGUAAACAGUGCCUCAUCUAGCGAGACCAACGUCGACAUGGGCAGCCCCUCCUGCGGGCACAAUAGUCCUAAUGAAGAUGUAACGGAAGAAUUUGAAAGACCUGAGUCGAGAUUAGCCUUUGUCAACAACAAGAACUCGGACCUGAAAUGUGAUUUGGAAAAACUGAGCUUGCUCAACGAGGCGGACGCUAGCAAAUCUUCCCUGUACAGUCAGGACGACGAAAUGGAAGGUGCUUGCGGGGGCAUCGAAGUCGUUGAAGAUGAAAAGAUGGAGGACGAUGACGAUGAUGAUGUGAGUGCGUGGACGGAAACGAUGGCACCUCGUUAUCAAUGUGAAGAGGGCGAAUGUUCUGUCCAAUCCUGUCUUAACCAAUUUACGGAAUGCGAACUAAUGGCCGGCAGCAACAAAGUGGGUUGCGACCUAUGCACCCAAAGGCACGGCGGCCCUCAAAAGAAAACGGUAUACACGGAAGCCUCCAAACAAUUGCUCAUUUAUAACCCGCCCGCCGUACUAAUCUUACACCUGAAAAGGUUCCAAGUUUGUCGCUAUCGUUCAGUGAAAGUGGUUAAAUUCGUGAAAUUCUCCCCGUUGUUAGAUUUAUCGCCGUUCUGUUCGAAACGUGCGAAGAAUCUACCGUCGUUCGAACAAGGUCAGUCAAAAAUCCUUUAUUCACUGUACGGCGUGGUAGAGCACAGCGGUUCGAUACACGGUGGUCACUACGUGGCUUAUGUGAAAACGCGACAAAAAUUAGAGGAUGACAGUUACCGGUGGAAUUUCCUGCCCAAGAAUCAACAAAAGGCGUUCGAUGCGGCGACGAAAGGAGCGCAGGGCGAGCCGCAAGUGCCGCCCGGUAAGUGGUACUACAUAAGCGAUUCGUACGUGUCAGAAGUUGCAGAGACGAAGGUGUUGAGUAGUCAAGCGUAUUUACUCUUCUACGAGAGGAUAUUAUAAUUGGUCUCAGUCCUUUUAGUUACUUACAUUAAUCAAAUGCAGAAUUCAGUCUUCCCGUUCAGUUCUGGUUGUCGUUUUGUUCGAUCCGACCAUGCCAAAUCUUUGUAUUGAACUAUUGGUUUCAGUGAUUUAUUUUUAUUUUGUAUACAGUCUGACAGCAGUAAUUUUAUUAUUGAGAUUUCACUGCUAAGUUUUAAAUUGCACCUUCGAUGAUUAACUUAAUGUGAUUAAUUAUAUAACUUUGAAAAUUAAAUUGAUUCUAAGUUAUAUAAUUCAAUUACGAUACUCACAUUUUAUCGUUAAAAAAAGUUUUGUGAAAUGCACAAGAUAUGGUUCAGAGGUGGAUUAUAUAUAAACGAUGUGAUUUUUUUCUUUAUUGGGUUUUUUGUACAUUUUUUUCUAAUAUUUGCGUUAAAUUUUAAUCAUUGUGAAUUUUACUCAAAUUGAUCCAAUGUGGUUUUCUUAAAAGCAAAUUCAAAUAAAAUUAUUUCAAUCA